CGCUCCGCUGGCUGGCUGCUCCUUAAACCCUAAAGAAUAGUGAAGCUGCGGAUAAACCUUAAACCCUAGUUCCAGCAGCCGGAAUCCAUUCGACGCCAUGCCCAUUAAAGUCCUCUCCCAGCUCCGCCUACUCAGUCCCGCACUCCCCAUCAGCCUUGUCCCCAAAGCCAAGCACUGCUCCCAACUCGCUUGCUUCCGCUCCAUCAACAAUACUCUCUCCCUCGUCUUCCCUUUAAGACUCAACAAAUUCGCAGCUUUUGGGACCCGAGUCGGCGCCCGCCCAUUUCGUGCUCGGGGAGCAGCCCGCUCCGCCCAAGAUUUCGGACGAGAGGCGAGGGCCUCCAAGAGCUUGAUUGAAGACGAGGCCGAGCUCAGCGACUGGGUCAGCGAUUUGCGAACGAGUUCGAUCCGCGGCCGGCAGACUAGCGACGAAGACUCGGAUUCCGACAUGGCUGGUAAGAGGAACAGGGGUGGGGUUGGAGGGAGAGGACGGGGAGAAGGGGCAAGAGAAGGGUUGCCGGUGAAGAGGAGGAGGGAGGGUGAGACCGGCGAGUAUGAUGCAUCGAGUCGGAGGAGAGUUCGAACACAGGGCGGCGAGUCUUUUCCGAGGAAUUCGGCGCUCAGAGGCGGUAAUGAAGGAGGGAGGUUCCAAGCGCGGACAACUGGCGGUAGAAAUGGAGAUUCGAGAGGAAGAGGAAGAGGGAAAGUAGUAGAUUCGGUGUUUAGAAGGGAUGCAAAUAAGGGCCCGGGUGGGAAAAAAGGCUUUAUUUCUGACCAGGAUGGCGAUGGAGAUAAUGACGAGGAGAAAAUGGCGUCAAUAGGAGGCCUUGGGGAUCUGCUGGUGGAAGAGGAGAGUGACGACGACGAUGAUGAUGGCAAGGAAGGAGAAGAAGAUGACGACGAUAGUUUUUAUAAGAAUCGUGCAUCUUCUUCGUUGGGAUUGGAGAAGCAGUAUCAGGCAAAAGUAACUCCAAGUUCAGCUGGAAGUUCGGACUCUUAUCUGAGUGAAACUAGAUUUGACCAGUGUUCAGUUUCUCCACUGUCAUUAAAAGCAAUCAAAGAUGCUGGGUAUGAGAAGAUGACCGUCGUCCAGGAAGCUACACUCCCCGUAAUUCUUAAAGGAAAGGAUGUUUUAGCCAAAGCUAGAACAGGCACUGGUAAAACUGUAGCAUUUCUGCUUCCAUCAAUUGAAGUCAUUGUGAAAUCACCUCCUGCUGAUCAUGAUAACAAGCGACCCCCUAUUCUUGUGCUCGUAAUAUGCCCGACAAGGGAACUUGCAUCACAAGCUGCAGCAGAAGCAAAUAAGCUACUGAAGUACCAUCCUUCCCUUGGUGUCCAAUUUGUGAUAGGAGGUACAAGACUUGCUUUAGAGCAGAAAAAAAUGCAAGCUAACCCAUGCCAGAUUCUUGUUGCUACACCUGGAAGACUCAGAGAUCAUCUCGAGAAUACCGCUGGGUUUGCAACAAGAAUGAAGGGUGUCAAAGUGCUUGUUCUUGAUGAAGCUGAUCGUUUACUUGAUAUGGGAUUCCGCAAAGACCUUGAUCAAAUAAUCGCUGCUCUUUCAAAACAACGCCAAACACUCCUAUUCUCUGCAACAGUUCCCGAAGAGGUUCGUCAAGUGUGUCAUUUUGCUUUGAAAAGAGACCAUGAGUUCAUUAAUACAGUUGAAGAGGGGUCAGAGGAGACACAUGCAAAGGUCAGACAAAUGCAUUUGGUUGCUCCCAUGGAGAAGCACUUUUCUCUCCUGUAUGCGCUCCUACGAGAUCACAUUGCAGAUAAUGUCGAUUACAAGGUUCUCGUUUUUUGUACCACUGCCUGGGUCACAAGACUGGUUUCGGACUUUCUUGGUGAACUAAAACUAAACGUCAGAGAGAUUCAUUCCAGGAAGGCUCAGAAUUACAGAACUAGGGUUUCUGAUGAGUUCCGGAAGUCGAAGGGCCUCAUACUAGUGACUUCUGAUGUAUCAGCACGUGGUGUUGAUUACCCUGAUGUUACCCUUGUUAUACAGGUGGGCUUGCCAGCCGGAAGAGAACAGUACAUCCACCGGCUAGGCCGAACAGGGAGAAAGGGGAAAGAAGGGCAAGGCAUACUUCUGCUUGCACCAUGGGAAGAAUUCUUUCUCUCCACUAUGAAGGAUUUGCCCUUAACCAAGGCUUCUGUCCCCACAGUAGACCCAGAGACAACCAAGAAGGUUGAAAGGGCGCUGUCCAAUGUGGAGAUGAAGCACAAAGAAACAGCGUAUCAAGCUUGGCUUGGAUAUUACAACUCUGACAAGAAGAUUGGGAAGGACAAGGCGAAACUGGUUCAGCUUGCGAAUGACUUCAGCAGGAGCAUGGGGCUUGACAACCCCCCUAUCAUUCCUAAGAUCAUCCUUGGCAAGAUGGGUCUCAAGAAUGUCCCUGGCUUGCGCUCCAAGUAGUCUGUCUGUGCCUGCUGUGCUGAUUUUGUUAGCUGACCUGACCAGAUUGAGCUCUGCCUGUGAUAUUGGUCUUGGAAGGAAAGAAGGCAACAAGAGAAGCGCAUGGUGUUGAAUCCAUCUUUAUUUGCAGCUCUUGUGUAAUAGCGUCAUCAAAAGCACACACAGGUUUUGAUUUAUGAACGUUACUGUUUAUCCUUUCAUAUACAGUCGAUUCAAAUCGUAGGAUGAGUCGUUCUGGUAUCCUGUAUGAUUGAUUAUCUAAUUGGUGUAUAUGCUCCUAUUUAUAUGAGAUCAUUCAAAUUUGCAUCAUAUUGUUUGCUUCUACAAUUGUCAGAUAUAGUUUUGUUUAUGGAACCUAAGUGCCAUUACAGGAAAAAAAAAGUAUUUUGUUUUAC